GAGUCUAAAUCCGCGUAGUAUCAAUUCUCAAUAAAUAGGGAGUGGAAACGUAUUUCGUUUCCCUUGUUCAGCUCUUUCUCUCAUUCUCUUCAUCUUUUGUUCUUGGCCGGAGAAGAAAAGAAGAAGGGAUUCAUAUUCUGAAUCUGAUCUCUUCUCCUCCUCUUGGUUUAUUUCAGAAGCUUCAUCAUGGCUAGCAGAUGGAUCAGGCCCGAGGUGUACCCACUCAUACCACCAAUUGGUUUUGCUGUUGGUCUUUGUGUGUAUCAACUCGUUAGAAACAUCACCGGCAACCCUGAAGUGAGGGUUUUAAAGGAGAACAGAGCUGCUGGAAUUCUAGACAACUUUGAAGAGGGUGAGAAAUACAAGGAACAUGCAUUUAGGAAGUUUGUCCGCAACAAGAACCCCCAGAUCAUGCCAUCCAUCAACAAAUUUUUCUCAGAACCAAACAUAUAAAACAAACCAUGAGAUUCGUCCUGAGAUUUUCACAGAUUCAACUGUUGAAAUUUGUUUCGCAAUAUAGGACCAAUACUUGUUCCUAUGAAGGGUUAUGAGACAAUUGUAAUACACUAAAACUUUCUCAGCUGUUGGGGGUAUGAGUUUGCCUCAUUGCUAAAUAAAGUUCAGUAAAAUUUUUCUAACA